AUCAUAAGUACUCACUACAUCCUACGAGUACAACCUGUUUCAGCCCCCCACCCCGUCUCCCUGCAUUCCUUCUUCUUGAUGCCUUCCCAUAUCUCGAGACCCUUCGUUUGUUUGUCUGUUGUCACAAUCCUUGGUUAGACCCUUGACUCCAAUGCAACCCUGAGCCUUCGUGGCUGUCCUGCGACAUCCAAGGAGCGGUGGAUAACAAUCUGCAUUGAACACCUCUACCUCACCUAUCCUCUACGGAUUACCCGGUUUCCUUCCUUUGCAACCAUGGUACACAUUUCACUUCCACGAGGUCUCAGCAGCCUGGGCAAAAACAAGGACAACCAUGCGUCUGGAAACGGCAAUGGGCAUCACCGACCAGAACCUACGAGAGACGGCGGCAACUACAACAACACAUAUCCAACAUCUGAGCAGAAGCCGUUGAUCCUGAAAGUAUAUGUCAUCAAGGCGAGAAAUCUAGCAGCCAAAGACAAGUCGGGCACCUCGGACCCUUAUCUUGUCGUUACCCUUGGGAAUGCCAGACAGUCUACGCCUUCGAUCAGCAAGAACCUCAAUCCGGAAUGGAAGAUUUGUUUCGAUAUGCCACUUACUGGCGUUCCACUCCUCGAAUGCAUAUGUUGGGACAAAGAUCGCUUUGGAAAAGAUUACAUGGGCGAGUUCGACAUUGCAAUCGAGGAUAUUUUCGCCAAUGGCAAAAUACAGCAAGAGCCCAAAUGGUACAAGCUCAAGUCUAGAAGAGCUGUGAGCAAGAAACAAAGUACAGUCUCUGGCGAGGUCUUGAUGCAAUUCUCCAUCGUGGAUUCGGCAAAUCCCUCUGCAAGUCCAGAAGAGAUACAGAAGAAAUUUCGAGCUUAUAUCGGGUCUGAGGAGGAAGACGAUGAAUUGUCUCGUGUCUCGACUAAUGUUGAAGGGGGUGAUGAGGACGCCGAUGACCUUGAUGAUGAUGAUGUCGACGAAUCCGUCACAGAGACAGAAACAGGUCAGAAGGGAGGCAUAGCAGAGAAGAAGGAGAAGAAGAAAAGACUUGCCCGACUCCGCCGCAAAUCUAUUGCUGCAAGAGCCUACAACUUCCUCGGCGCCGACAACGAUGUCAACGGUAUUAUAUUCAUGGAAAUUGUCAAGAUCAAUGACCUGCCACCAGAGCGCAAUAUGACAAGGACUUCUUUCGACAUGGAUCCCUUCGUCGUUACUGCACUCGGCCGAAGGAUUUUGAGGACCAAAGUGGUCCGACACAAUCUCAAUCCCGUAUAUAAUGAGAAGAUGGUCUUCCAGAUCAUGAAACAUGAGACUGGAUACUCUUUAACCUUCACUGUCAUUGACCGGGACAAGCUGUCAGGAAACGAUUUUGUGGCUUCCACCUCAUUCCCGAUUCAGAAAAUCAUCGAGUCAGGCCCCGAAGAAGAUCCAGAAACUGGCCUCUAUGAUCUGCCUGAUCCUCCAGAGUACUCACCAGCAAUGGCACUAAAAGAAAAUGGAAAAGGGAGGUUUCGUCUGCCACUGUCUCGCACUUCGUCGAACAGCAGUCUUUCGAAGUUGGCUCGGCCUGGUUUUAAAAGAGAUGACUCGUCAGCCUCCUUGGCAUCAUCUUUGUCAACUGCGACCAGCAACGAAACAACGCGUCCACAAGCGCCUACCAGCAUGCCCUCGGAUAACAAUGGCAGCACUCUGAAAGUUCCCGGAAUCGUUGAUGUCCCAAGUCCCCAACCGGCAGAUGAUCCUACCAUGAAAUCUUACGUUCUUCCUUUGGAACUCAGAAACAAAGAGCAAUGGGAAGACAAGCACCGUCCCGAGUUACACAUUCGUGGCCGAUAUCUGCCGUACAAGGCGUUGAGACAACAAUUCUGGAGAGCCAUGUUCAAGCAAUACGACGCUGACGACAGUAAGCGCAUCAGUAAACUUGAGUUUACUACUAUGCUAGACACUCUGGGAUCUACCUUGAAAGAAUCGACCAUUGACGGCUUCUUUGCUAGAUUUGCCACAGAGAAUGAAGACACUGGCGAAGCUGACCUGACUUUUGACCAAGCGGUCAUGUGUCUCGAGGAACAGUUGCAGAAAGGAAGCGAAAAGAAGACUACAACAGAGAAGAUCAAAGCCGUUGUAGCACCUUCAAAAUCCCAAGCACCGCAAGAGGAUCCCAAUGUUGUAAAAGGCGAAGUGCUCCCAGGCGGCGUUCCAGCAAUUGAGCAAAAGGAUACCGGCGCCGCUGGUGAAGAGGGAAAGCUGCUCGAUGACGACCUCGGAGAUCUCGGAGACCAUGAAGAACACGUAAUUGAGAUUCGCGAAUGCCCUAUUUGCCAUCAGCCAAAACUCAACAAACGUACCGAAGCCGACAUCAUUACUCAUAUUGCCACCUGUGCUAGCUCUGACUGGAGGCAGGUCAACAACUUGGUGAUGGGCGGUUUCGUAACACAAAGCCAAGCACAACGCAAGUGGUACUCGAAAGUCAUCACCAAAAUCAGCUAUGGCGGGUACAAGCUUGGCGCUAACAGCGCGAACAUUUUGGUCCAAGACAGAAUCACCGGUCAGAUCAACGAGGAACGGAUGUCUGUAUAUGUGCGUAUCGGUAUCCGAUUGCUGUACAAGGCUCUGGGCUCCCGAGAAAUGGAGAAGAGACGAAUCAAGAAGAUGCUGAGAUCGCUGUCGAUCAAGCAGGGCAAGAAGUAUGAUGACCCUGCGUCGACAGCUCAAAUCGAAGGCUUCAUCGAGUUCCACCGUCUUGAUAUGUCUGAGGUGCUCUUACCCACAGAUCAAUUCAAGAACUUCAACGAAUUCUUCUACCGGGCAUUGAAACCCGAAGCUCGACCAUGUAGUGCGCCAGACCGACCUGAGAUUAUCGUAUCUCCAGCGGACUGUCGUACUGUGGUAUUUAACAACAUCGAUGACGCCACCAAGAUCUGGGUUAAGGGCAGGGAUUACAGCCUCGAAAAGCUGUUCGGCGAUGCUUACCCGCUCGAAGCGAAACGAUACAAGGGCGGCAGCAUGGGUAUUUUCCGACUGGCUCCUCAAGAUUAUCAUCGCUUUCAUGUACCUGUUGACGGUACCCUUGGGACGCCCAAGGCCAUCGAAGGUGAAUAUUACACCGUGAACCCCAUGGCUAUCAGAUCAGCUCUGGACGUGUACGGUGAAAAUGUUCGUGUGUUGGUACCUAUCGACUCUGUCUGCCACGGUCGAGUCAUGUUCGUUUGUAUUGGUGCUAUGAUGGUCGGUUCAACAAUCAUCACGCGCAAGCCUGGCGAUCGAGUCAAACGAGCUGAAGAACUUGGUUACUUCAAGUUUGGUGGCAGCACUGUUCUCCUCUUCUUCGAACCUGGGAAAAUGGUCUAUGACCAGGAUCUCGUAGACAACAGUAUGGGAGCUCUGGAAACAUUGGUUCGAGUGGGCAUGUCAAUUGGUCACUCACCACAUGUCGAGUCAUAUAAGCCGGAUAUGAAGAAAGACGAGAGCAAUAUCACUGCAGAAGACAGAGAGGACGCCAAACGUCGGAUCGAAGGGAGCUUGGCCCCAAACAAUGAGAGCGCCGGGUUGCUUUCUGGAACAGCGGCAACCGUAGGUGGCGCAAUGGGCUUCGAGCAAGCACACAUCCAGUAAUGAGCUAUGAUACCAGGUAGGGUAUGAUGAUAAAAAGUGGACUUACAUAGUCGGGUUAGCAAGCAAAUCGAAUGCAGUGCAUGCGUGAGCACACAACGCCGGUGUCUGAGAAAGCGGCACUGUCUAAACUGUACUAUGCAACACCAGCGCCAAUGUUUCGCUGGUCUCAGAGCAAGUCGAGUGAUAUGCUGCCAAUGUGAUAGAGCAGUCGUCUCCUGUUUUGGAGACUUGGUUUCCGGAUGAGCC